UACAUUAGCGAGGAGUUAUCGCUAACGUAACGUCGCGGUUAGCGGUUGUCGUUGUUCGUCAGGUUUCGUUAUUCUGCGCGGCACACAUGUUGUCCUUAUGAAUCAUUUUUGCUCUAUUAACUCUUCGCGCAAGUGACAUCGCUCGCGUUUAAUAUGUGUAUCGCGCGCGGGGUGCGGUAUUAUGUGUCGGAGCGUAAUUCCCGCGCGGUACGGGAAGUUUGCACGAGGUUUUGUAUCAACAGGGCCACAAUUGUGCUCCGUUUCCGCUCGUUAAAGCUAUCGGAUGAAUCGCGAGAAAGCUUGCCUUUGUCAGAAUCAGCGUUCGGAAAUUUCCGGUGGGCGCGCGAUUCGUACUUUGAGAUACUUUGGGCUUUGUUCGCUUUGUAACAAAUUGUAACGGAUUUUCACUGGUUCUCGGAGAGGUUCGGGCGCUCCGAAUCUGUGCUCGAACACGUGUAAUAAUAAAGCGGAAGAGGGGAAUGUAUUUUAUAACAAAGAAAGACUGGGAUAAUGAAAAUUGAUGAUUAGGGAUUACUUUGGUGCGACGUGAGUUCAUUACGACGAUGUCGUAAUAAAAGAGAUAGUGGAAGGAAAAAGUGGAAACAGGAAAAUCAGUGCAAUUGGUCUUAUAUUUUCUUGAUAUAUCACUGAUAUUUUUGAAAUCCUAUUUUUAAAGCAGAUAUCGAAGAUAGCUUUUUUUUAAUGGGAGGGCUUGAUAAUGAAUAAAUCUUAUUGAGAUUUCGAAGAAUCUCCCCAAACGAGCGAUGAGCAAGGAGAAAUGCUCGUAAAGAGACACAGAUUAAAGUCGACGCGUUCGUUGGAACCUGUUGUGGCUUUUGGGAUUAACCCAUGAGUAAUGUCAGUAUUAGCGGCAAUAAAAAGGGAUAGAAAGGAAAAGAAAAGAAUUCAAGAAGUAAUUUCCUUAACUGGAUUUUUGAUAUAUCAUAAAAAUAAAUUCCAAUGUCCUUUCAAAAUAUCUUCUGCCUUAUAAGGUAGACGGAUAAACAUAUAUUAAAACGAAUUAAUGUUGAAGUGUAUGUGUGGGCGAGUUUGAUGUUUUAAGAGCAAGAGUGAGUUAGAAGGAAAUUAUGGAGGAAACUUCGUAUGAAAUUAACCUCGAUUUCAUCAUGGACAUAUUUAACGAAAAGUUUAAUAGCACACAGUCGCUUUCAAUCCACUUAAUAAAAGAAAUACAUACCUGAAUACACGCGAUAUAUUCGUAGCUUUGCUUCAGAAAGUGUGCAAGACCCGAAGCCGUUAGACAAAUGCCAAAAUUCAAGUGUUUGAUUUAAAACCGGUGCAACAGAAGUUUUAUGCAACCGCAAAGCGGCGCACUUAGCAUCGUGUUCCGAAACUUAUCGGAAGGAAGUAACGCUGGAUGUCCAAUAGGAGAACUUGUUUUCUAGAGACUUUUGUUCCUGAAAAAUGAUAUCUCCAUUUGAGAAUCGGAUAUUAUAUUUUACAUAUAUAUAUACGUAUACACAAAUCAGCUGUCGACACAUCGUCUGUGAAUUUUCCAUGUGAUAUAUUUGAAUCGAACAGGUUAUUUGCGAGAAUUUUCUUUAAGUCAACAAUAUUUGAAUAUUACUAAUUAAACACAUGAUAUAUUUUUAAUGAUUAUUAAUUGAUGUGAUUUACUUUAGUGGUUAUGAAAUAAAAUGUGGAACGUAAUGUUAACAAAAUUAUUUAACAAUUUUAUUAAACAUCAAAAAGUGCAGGUUAGCAAAUAUUGGGGACCAAGAACAAUAAUUUUCAAGAUGAAUAGCACAGAUACAGAAGUUUUUGACACAAACUUGUUAUCGUCAGAAGAAAAAGACAAGAUUCUUAAUGUAGUAAAUUAUCAAAGUAUGGAAGAUUUAUUGCAGUACUCUAUUACUAAGACACGUGCGAAGAAUUUAGAAUUGCAUCGUACAAAUAAUGGACUAUAUAAUUCUCUGGAAGAUUUGUUACAAGUAAAGGGUUUAAAUAACAAAUGUUUAUAUCAAUUUUAUAAGUCAAUUAUAACUGGCACGAAGAAUAAAACUUCCAAAAAAGUUAUUUCAGGUUUGGUCGUAACACCAAAAAUUACCGAUGACAAUCAAAAGGAAGUCAAUACAGUAUUAGGCAUACAUGUGGGACAAGAUAUGAUAAGCUGGUCAUUGCUGAGUCGCGAUUGUGAAAUAUUACAGUGGCAAUACAAAUCCUUUACACGCAAUCGCGUAAAGGAGAAUCUCCAUUCCUUACUUCAAAUAGCGUUACCGAUCGCUGAAAAAUUACCGAAAGCUGAUCGAUAUAUAAUGCAGGAAUUUGGCGGUGACAAUUUUCGGAAAAGUCCAAAGUUUCAACAAAUCCACAUGGAAUAUUUAGCGAUGAAUGCCAUUAUUCUGUCGCACCUGGCAACGCUGAGUUCUAAAUUCGGUACUGCCGAGUUUGUAGCAAAUAAUAUGUUUAUAAUUCGUCAGAAUGUCUUACAAAAGAUCUACGGACUCGUCGUUGGGAAUGAAGGAAUAUCUACCCAAUAUAUGCUUCAAAAAUUAAUGGAUGAGAACAGUGGAUCACUGGAGAACAAGGAACGCUUACCGUCUGUAUAUAUAAGGCCGGAAUUUCAAGAAAUGUACAACGAGCAAAGUCCCGUCAAUAAAGAGCAGAUCAGUUGGUCUUUGCUGAUAGCAUUGGCUUUCGUAGAACUGGUUGUGCACGAAAGAACCGACAUGAGAAUUCGUAAUCUGACAUAGAAAUCAGAAUGGAAUUAAUGGUGAAGAGAAGAAAAUUGUGACAAAUAUAAAACGAAAUUUGAUCAGAGAUUGAGUCGAGUUGACGAUUCCUUCGCUGAGAUUCUUUCUAAGUCACAAGAGAGACACUGUUAUCGGUAGUUCUUGUACAUGCAAGAGUCGUUGGUCGCUGUAUCUUACAUAAAAAGAAGCCGGUUUACUCAUAGAAUAGAGAGAGAAAAUCGAGGGUGUAUGAGCGUGAUGAGAGAGUGAGAGUGGCAUCGAUGUGGCAGUAAUAAAAACAGUAAAUUUCUGUACAGAUCUAUUCAUUUAUUAUAUCCUCAUUUUUCGUUACGCAUUAUCUAUUUGUAGUAUACCAAGUGUAUAUUGUUGCUCGCUGCUCGGAUACAAACUCUCGCGCAUCGAGUUGUCAAUUUUGUUCUCUUCAGAUCGAGCAAUUCGGCUUGUUUACCGCAAAAAUAGAGGAUCGCUCGGAGCUUUCGCGAACGGCCGAGCGGGUGUACGAGAGAGCGAGACGUGCAGCUCGGUGUAUGUAUGUAUGUGUGUGUGUGUGUGUGUGUGUGUGUGUGUGUGUGUGUGUGUGUGUGUGUGUGUAAGCAUAUGUUUGAUUGCCUACGCGGAUGCGAUUCGAGAAGAGUUCCCUGAUGAACCGAAUGCGCAGAAUUCUUCGCCGGAAUUCCUGUGUCGAAAUGUGCUCGAUGCUCCGAUACUCGAAGCAUGACUCGGUGGAGUAUACAGUGAGUACUUUCCAUUUAGUGACGCAAGCGUCAUCCUAUCUUUGUUGUGAAUUAAAUAUAGGACAAAGACAAAAUGAUGCUUGUGCCCGGGAAAAAAAUGAUCAUAUCGUCAUACGUGAAUUUUGCCCUAUAUAUGUCCAUAUAAAAUCAUAUAUAAUUACAUAUGUCCUAUACAUCAUAAAGAAUACUGUUAUACGAAUGUAAUUGAAGUAAAUGUUUAUAUUUACGGUUGUCCGCGAUGUAAACAUUUAAUUCAAUCAAAAAAUUCCUGCCGCUUUUAAUUCAACAGUAUUUUUACUUCGUGUGGACAUAUACAGGGUGACCGAAAACAUAUCGGAAAUAUUUCAAGUAUCAAUUUGGGAAUGUAUUUAGAGUCAAAAAGUCUAUAUAAAUAUGUGUCCUAAACUUAAUCGUUGCCAGGUUUUCGGACACCUUGUAUAAUUAUGUAUAUAGCCAUGUAAGGACAAAAUUCAUAUACAAAUUACGUAUGAUUAUAUAUAAUCAUAUACAAUUUUAUACGAUUAUAUAUAAUCUUUCUUUCCCGGGUGUCGAUUUGUCUUAUUAAAUGGAAGACACCCAGUACAGUAGCUAUACGGACAUUGAACGCCGUUACUCGACAAUCCGGCAGUGAUGCUGUGCGACAAGCGUGUUAUCCUGCGUUUAACGUCAGCCGAUCAAGCACAAGGGGAAGCACACCGAUACGUGAGCGAGCUUUUCGGCGAGAAAGCUUUCUCUCUCUCUCUCUCUCCCUCUCCGAGAGACUUUGCUUUACGACCGCGUCUUAGGCUCCAUCGGAAGUACGUGGACUGAUGAUGUGUCGAUCGAGCUUAUUCGCGAUGAGAGAAACUCUACGCGUCGCGGAGAAAGGAAUGGGAGCUGUUUGCGCGAUAGAUGAUCAUAAAACCCGAAGUGGUAAAUUUCGCGCGGAACGCAAUUAAACUUUAGAGGCGUCGAGGCAAAGGAAAACGAAUUAACAUGUUUCUGUUUGCCGAGAGCCGGCGUCCGUCAUCAAAGUUGGAUUCUAGGAUUUCGCACGCGGCGUGCCGCUUUUUCUCAUCAUUUCUAUUCAUCUAGUCUAGUCCAUACAGCUACACGCACACGUUUGAGAACGAGAACACGAGAUAAAAUAUGUAUAUAUAUAUAUAUGCAUAUAGAUUUCAGCGCGAGAAACAACAACGCAAUUAAAUCGCUCAGAAAUAUGAAGGAAACAAAGCACUCGCUGCUAAGAGCGUCAUACAGAAAGUCUUUAGUAAAAUCUCUUUACUUCUCUCGAUAUAUUAACAAAUUAUAUAUAUAUAUAUGGACAUACAUCUGCGUCAUAUAUCGUACAAUAAAUCGUGCGAUUGCAUGCGAAUCUCUCGAUUAACUUUUGAACCGCAUCGCUGCCAGAGACUGUUUAACACAUUAUAAUUAUUACGAAUUAUACCCGAUCAGACCAGCUGGAAACGAGUGUCGACAUAUAUACUGAUAUCUUUAAUAUAUGUAUAUAUGUGUAUACAUACCUAACAACUGUGUGUACAUAAUAUAUGCUAUAUAUGUAUAUAUCUAAAUAUAUAUGAUCAUGUAUAGAUAUAUAUGUGUGUGUGUGUAACACAUAUAUAUUUAUAUAUAUGUAUAUACACACCCAUAUAUAUGACACAAAUUGCGAAACGAAAGGGCAUUAAGUACGUAUAUUACUAUCUCAUAAUUUACAACACGGUUUGUCGUAAAUAGAAAUGUUCCUACGCAUGCGCAUAUAUAUAUGUAUAAAAUCUAUUCAGCUUAAAUAUACAUUUCCGGCGGGGCGGCGGGCGGGAUGGGUCGCGCUCCAAGCGAUAUUAUUGGAUGCAAGAUGAUGCGAUUUGAGCGGGUCGCGUCGGGAAAUACGUAUGAAGAUCCUCGAUGCACACACGCAGAGUGAACAUAAGAGUCGCGGUUACGACGGAACAAUCUCGUUUCCCGAGGGACGUCGACGCAAGUUGAACGAUCUUGUCCGUAAACAAUACUAUUGAAUUCAAUACUGAUCAAAUUAAUCGGACCUUUCGUUUCUCGCGAACAACGGAUUCGUAUCUCGCAACUCGUCAGAAAUCAAACACACAGACUAUAUCAUUUACAUCUCAUCUAUAUAAUAAAUAUUAUUAUUAUUAUAUAACAAAGUUAGUGUAAAAUAUCUGCCUGAAGUAAGCGAUGCUGAUGCUCUUGCGCAAGGAAAAAGGACUACAUGUCUCUCUACGUGGAUCUCCUUUCCUUCUCUUCUUCUUCUUUUGAAGUUACAAGUUAUAACGGUUAAUAUCGACACAUCGGGUGGACACACGUCGUCGGACGAGUUACACGAGAUUAGAACUUCGCAGCGUGAGUUUCAACGUGAUUCUCUCUCGCUUUUAAGCAGCACGUGCGACAACUCAUCCGAGAACUCGCCAGAAGAUCGGCUUCUUGAACGUCGUUAAUGGAACACAAAGGAGUUCCGCGAGUUGUUUUAUUCGCAUGUAUACAAUAUACGUCACGCAUCAAGCAACGUGUACACAUUUCGAGGCUAAUGUAUACUCUAAAUUUAUUAAACAUUUAUUACAAUUAGAGAGAGAGAGAGAGAGAGAGAGAAGAAAGAAAGAAAAAAGAGUGUUUUCUCCCUUUAUCAUGCUUUGGUUUGAAGACGCAAAAGUAACGAAAGCACACACAAAGGGAGAAAGAGAAAGAGACUUUGUGGUACUUUUGGGGUCUGAAACGUCCCAAUUUCUCGUAUCCGCGUACUUGUAUUUUCCCUUUUCUUCCUUUUUCGGCACAUUCGUGCGACGUCUGUGACGGGUUAAGUCGUAUCGUCGUUGUCGAGUUUCAACAAGGUAAAAAAAAGUGUCAACGUGUAAUCUUCUCGUAACGAAAUACUUUGGCAUUAAAAUGAAGGAAAGAGUAACGACAAAAUGUUGGUCAAGACCGCAAAAUCUGUCAUUACGAACGAUAAUAACCGAGGGAAGGAGCGAAACGUGAAAACGUCAAUUUACUUUUGUCACACAAGCCUUGUACAUACAUACAUUGCGACACCGGACGAUUGUCAGCACGCAACCGAAUUGCCUCCUCUCAUGUCACAAAAGCAUGCCUCAAGAAUCGAGAGAUCGCACUUUAGGAGAAAUUUCUCUCGAGUGCACGCGUAGGACUAGGGCUCGCAUUCGCCGAGUUCGUCCGCGGCGAAUGCGCGAAGAUGACACUUGAAGUCGCGUACGAUUAGCGAAACGUGAUAAUUAGGUGCUUCCCAUUUAGUUACACAAGCAUCAUUUUGUCUUUGUUCCACAUUCAGUGAGUAACAAAGACAGGAUCGAUGCUUGUGUUGACUUGUGUCACCAAAUGGAAAGCACCCGAUAUAAGUAACGGAUUUUCGUCGAUGGCGAUAUUUCACGCGAAAACUCUCACGUUCUUUUUUCACGGCCGCAUGAGUGGAGUGGUGUAUGAUCAGUCAUGAAAAGGUUGCGACAUAUUUUUCCUUAUAAAUUUCGAAACGAAUUCCGUGUCCAAUAGGAGAAUUUGCUUUUUAAUCAUUUUCAGGAUAUACGUUUUUCCAUUUGGACAUGAGAUGCGUUGUGAAACUCGUUGAAAAAAAAAAAAAUGUUACUUUCUGCGGCCGACCGUACACGUCGGCGAAGAGAAACUCGCCGAUACACGGCGAAGCUUGCGCACGAGAGAGAGAGAGAGAGAGAAGAAAUACGAGAAGAAAAUCAGCCGCAAGUUCAACCGCUCUCAACCGUGGAAAAUUGGUCCGAUGCGCGGGCUGUGUGCACUGUCACACGCACGAUGGCAUGGCCGAUGCGUUGUAACGACAUGCAUAUACAUUUCGACACGAUCGGACACAUCGUGGAACACGACGCAACCGUUGCGAUAGGGGGCUAGAACGGAAAUUACGCGUGAUAGAUAAACAGUAAGUGUUACUGGCACGUAUCAUGGAUGCAGUCAGCGCUUUGGUCAAAGUCGCUGACCCUUUUCUGUCUCGAUACACGGCUAUAUUUGGUCGGAGACAUUUCUCUACUACGUCACGUGUCGCAUUGGACUAGAAUCGCGAUACAGUUAGUGUCGGAGAAACGAGCGCUCCGAACAUGCCGCUCGAACAUCUCGAAAGACUCGGUCGACAGUUUUUAGAAGAAGGGCGCCGUCGAAAGUCUCCGGGGAGAACAAGAAUCCCGCGAGAAGCGGAUCAACAUUCGUUAAAAGCUUCGACGCCGAAAACGCGCUAUCUGUAUCAGACAUAAAAAAUCCGAAGGUAGAAGCGAUUUCCCGCGCGACCUCAAUUGCUAUAAUAACGACGCGUAAUAUUUACAACAAGCAGCAUCGCACUCGCGCGCGAUUUUCGCGGUUUCCGCCCGCCGAAGUCCUCGAUGAUCAAGAGAGCUCCGACGAGUUCUCGAGGUUCGCGCGAGAAUUUUAGAUUUGUUAGAACUGUCGAGAGUCUAUCGAGAUAUUCAAGGCCUUCCGCCCAUUUAUCGGCUGCUCGAGAGGGGGUGCUCGAGAUUCUACGGUAGCUGCAUAGCCCGCGAGGGAGGAAUUAAUUCCUUCCCGCGAACUCGAAUCCCGUCGCUGUGAACGUGUAGCGCGUGCGAACACACAAAAUUCAGAAUUUCAGCGCACAACGAAAUCUCGCAUCUCCCUUCGACUCCUCGUAGAUCUUUCCUCAUUUUUUCUUUUUCUUGGAAGUAGAAAGGCGAAGAUCCCCUAGUGGCACAGUAAGGCGUACUCUCUUCUUCUUCUUCUAUUACUACUAUUACUACUACUAUCACUACCACUAUUACAAUAUUCAUCCAUAGGACAUUUUCGGUGUGUAUUGCAUUAUCUUCCAUGACGAUAUAACAUGAAUUAUACAACUAUCGGGGGAGAAGAGCGUAAACUAUCGACGAAGCAACAUAAAUUAACAAAUUAUCGUCAUAAUGCACACACGCACACAUACAUAAACAUACACACAUAUACACACACGCGCGCGCACGUACGCAUAACACACCAAACGAUACAAUACACGCACACAUACGCGUACUCUCAGGCAUACUAAGGGCAACACGCAAUACAUGUAAGACGAAUCACAUGGUAGAUACACACAAUAAUGCGAAUUGGAUAGAUUGCCUAGCUUGCUCGAUGCUUUACACUUAAUUUCAUCGCGAAUGUAACCUAACACAAGUAAUAAGUACUUAUGCGUAUCGAUUUUAAUCAGUGUGUGUGUGCGCGUGUGCGAAUAAUUUUUUUUUCGUUUCUUUUUAUUUCUUUGUGUUUUUGUUUUUUUCUUCUCCUUUCUUUUUCUUCCUUUUUUUUUUUGCAAACACACUUCGAUGUGUUUUCUCGUGUUCAGCAAUGACCGUGUCACUUUUGUGGUUUCUGGAAAUUUUCGUCGUACUUAUCAUGUAUACACAGAAUACAACAUCGGCCGAGUCACAAUUAAAGGUAUAAUCCACCAAUUUGAUGCCUCACGAAUUCGACAAGUCGAGUCAUUUACGAGAUAUCCUUCAUAUUCUCCUUAAUUUCUUUUUUUCUUCUCGUAACGAGUCUACGAGAAAGAGGAAUGAAAUACUCAGUCGAAAAUAAUAUCACAGCCUGGAGACACUCAGUGGAAGACUAAAGACGCUGAUAUUAUAACACCGAAAAGAAAAACAGUUUUCCAUCGCGUGAAUGUUAAAGAGCGUGAAUUCUCUCCGUAGAUCGCUGGUCUGAUAUAUAUUUCCUCCGUUAAACGUUAAAAUCUACUUGCUUGAACACAACGGCGCGCGAGAUUCGGCUCGAAGCGUCUCGCGUGUUAAACGAAGAGAAAGAAAGGAAGAGAGAGAGAGAGAGAGAGAGAGAGAGAGAGAGAGAGAGAGAGAGAGAGAGAGGGG